UUGCGCAUCACUCCUUUCUUUUUUCACUCUCUUCUUUGGGACCCCUCCCCAUGCAGCUUUCCCCACACACAAGCAGCAGGCUGCAUGGGAAUCUUCCACUCAACUUGUCCGACGUGAGAAAGAAGACGCGUAUAGACCAUGACUAGUCAAGCGGAGAAGAUUUUGGCCCAGAAGAAGGAGGCUAUCGAGGCGGCCAUGGAGAUGUUGGAGCGUGGCGCCGAGGUUGUGGCCAGCGCGGUGGGAGAACUUUUCCCGCUGUGCCAGGCCGCCGCUCCGGUUCUGCGUCUAGCCCUGGACAAUGUCCGGAGUAAGGAGGUCUUCUAUGUUAAGGAGCAGUUCCUGACAGUCCGCAACAGUCUGGACCUCCUGUCGGGCCAGCUGGAGGACAUCGACUGCGAGAUCAAGAAGGCCCGGCUGGACUCGCAGUACUUUGCCGUGGAGGAGAACCUGCGCAAUCAGUUCAGGAAGUACAUGGACAUCAUUGAAGCCAAGCCGCAGUUCCGUGAGGUCAAGACCAAACUGUUCCUGGAGCAUUUCUCCAGGAGUGGCGGCGAAAAGAAUCUUUUUGUGCUCUACCAUGCACUCAUGGGGGACAGCAGCUUUGGAGAGUCCAUUCUGGACGUGGUGGAAAGGUACGUCUCCAGGAACCGCCGCCUCCUGGAGGACUUUUGCGUGCGCAUGAAGGAGCUCCUCUGCCUCGGCCUCAUCGCUCUGAUGGGAUACACGGCCUUGACCCAAAACCAUCAGGAAGAAGAUGACAAAAUCCAAGACUGGAGCCGCAAGAUGGAUGAGAUCGAGCUCCGCAUGAAGAUCACCAUCCAGUCCUGCGUGGACGCCUUUGCGGAGCAGGCCAAAAUGGACACCCAGCACCUGCUCCAGGAGAAGCAGAUCGACAGUCUCCAGGAGACCAGCCAGCAGCUCCUGGACUUCCUGGUCAAGAAAUACGACUGGGUGAGCUGGUCGGUGCGCCUCAUCAACCAUUCGGGGAGCACCUACCGCAACUGGAGGGCUGGUGAGCGCUUCCACCAUGUGGUGGGACGCAACUGGUUUGAGGUUCUACAGGUCAACAACAUCAACCUGGUGGUGUCCUUCAGUAGCAGACCCCAGACGGUGCCCAGGGACGCCAUAUUGGAGAUGAUGGAGGGUGGCGCCCGAAAGGGCAACGCCCCCACCGUGGUGGAGGUCUUGGAGAAGCAGAUGAGCGGCUUUGUGGUUCACGCCGUCAGCCGCCACAAGGAGUCAGCGGCGGCGUGGAGUUUCCCAGACGAUUGUCACUACUGGGAGAGGCACAAGAACGUAGCCGUGUGUGUACACGCUGACUGAAAGUCGCAAACAUUCCAAAGCGAGAAUUCAAUCCAACCUCGAAGCGUAAUUCCCCAAACUCUAACUAUGACCGCUAUGCCUGACACCUUCAAACCUAACCUUAAUCACCUUAAACCUUAUUGUAAAGCUAAUCGCAAACAUAUCUGUGUCCCAAUGUAAUUUCCUAUGCCAACAAAGUAUUUCUGGAUUGUUUUGUUCUGAGUGUAAAUAAAGCAAGCGCAUGGUAAGCAUUGAA